GCCAGACAGACCCGUCGGUUACAUAGCGCUGUCCGACUGAACGAGCUACUCCGUGAACACUCUUCGGAAGCGGCACUUGUAUUAAUCAGUUUGCCAGGACCCUCGCGCAACCAAGGCAGCGAAUUCCACUACAUGGAUUAUGUUGAGACGCUCUGCCAUGGUCUCAAGCGAGUUCUACUAAUACGUGGUACUGGCCAGGAGGUGAUCACUGCAUUUGCAGAGUAA